AUGCCAGUUUCUGAUUUCAAUUCACCAAACCCCCUUAAAAAUUUUCAUAUAAUCUUUUCAGGGUUUGAAGCAGGCAAAGGUAGAGAAGAAUUUAAGGAUACUAGGUGUAAAAUGAGGAAGCGUCAAGUAGUUGUGAGAAGAGAAGAACCUCAAAGAAGUGUUAGGAGUGUGAAAUAUGGUGAGUGCCAAAAGAAUCACGCGGCUAAUGUUGGAGGGUAUGCUGUUGAUGGCUGCAGAGAGUUCAUGGCCAGUGGUGGAGAAGGGACAAGUGCUGCUCUCACUUGUGCUGCGUGUGGAUGCCACAGAAACUUCCACAAAAGAGAGGUUGAAACUGAAGUAGUGUGUGAGUGCUCCUCACCUCCCUCCAAUGGAACCUGA